UUAAAAAAUCUGAGUCUUUAAAUAGCGUUUAAGGAGCCAUGCGACCAAUUUAUACGCUGUUUCUAAUUAUACAAUAAUGCAGUGAGAAGAAAACACACAAAGAAUGUUUGUCAGAUGAGAUAUAAAUAAAGAGGUAUUUUCCUUUUCAUGUAAAUCCUCAGGGGUAGUUACAGGCAAGAUGUCAGUGUCUCUCUUCUCUAUUCAGUCUGUAUGGCCGAACACGGCAGUGACAUCACAGAUUGGGCGUCAGGAUAAACUAUUCUCUCUCGUCCCAGGGUGCAACGUACGUACGGACAUCUUACCCAGCAACACGCUAUCUCAGUGAGCAACGAGGCACAGUAUGUAACCUAAUGUGGAUUAAACAUGGAUUUAAAUGGGAGGCAGUGGCACUGAGCGUGUCAGGUGGACAAGAUGCUCUUAUGUGAUGAGGAAUUACUUCAGAAUCAUCAGUGUUGGAAUUAAAUGAGGUGUUCCCUUCAACGUUGUGUGUCUGUUCUCUUGUUGGGUGAAUGUCUGUGAGCCAGAUGUGAUGCUUUCUAGUAGGGAUCAAAGGCAACUGUAGAUUCUGUCCUUUUGCUCUUUUUGAGUUACUACUGGGUAUUAUUAUGACCUGGAUGACUUUCAGCCACGACGUUAUAUGCAAUAGAAUGAAAGCUGUACAUUUGGAUUUGUUUCAGCCACGUCGAUGGUUUUUAAUAAUUACAGGGAGUCAAAGCCGGUGUCAGUGGAGCAUAGAUAAUGAUGAGUUUGUAUUAUCAAAAUAUACAACAACAAAAAAAUGUGAUUACUCUAAAUUCAGUUUCUGAUCUGGACCAUUUUUUUUUAUUUCAUGCAAGAAAAACUGAAACUGGGUCAAAUUUAAAGAUCUACUGAAAGGGUUAAAUAUCAGUGGUUACUGGUGGGAAAAAAAGAUAUAUUUAGUGGGUAGGGGUGCUGAAAUUUUGAGCAAGCUGUCCCUUUAAGAGAAUAAGCUGACAAUGCCCUUUACUUUGUCUAUUUUAAGAAACCACUUGUAAUCUUUUAAGUAUUUUACCUGAGCACACUAACAUUUACAUGAUCCUCCAGCCGUGAGUCAACCUGGCAGCAGAACUGUGUUUAAGCAAAUCUAAUUGUAAUUAAAAAAUAUGGGCCUAAAAUCAUUUAGUGGUAUAAGUCCUUAAAAAAUACAACAACCUGCUUUAGUUUCCACAACAAUAAAACAUAAAAAUGUGUGUAUAGUCUAUUUAUUUAAACAUCUCAGAAACACAGACAGGUAGAUAAUGUUCCCAAGUGAAAUACACUAAAAAAAAAAAAACAAGCCAUUAUUGAACACUAGACAUGCAAAUCUUUUUUUUUAAAAGGCAAUGUUUUAAAUAUAACACAUGAGAAUUAAAUAGGCGACUGUACCCUUAAAUAAUGAUUAAAAAAAAAAAAAAAAAAACCAAAGUCGAUGAUGCCUGAUUUGGUUCAGUCAACAAUCCGUCAGCAUACAAAGAAAGACAGAAAAGAAAGAAAGAGCAUACUGCAGUUUGUCUGGCUGCCUUGUUAUCCUGCCACCACGUAGUUAUCCUCACACUGUGUCCCAUAUGCAUCUACAAUACGUUGUGGUGAAGCACACACUAUGAAAAAUGCCUGUAAUCGAUGAUAAUAAUACAAAAGAAAGAAGAGAGAGUGCUUGUUUGACUUACAGGGUGAAGCCUAACAUAUGUAGCCCUAUAAAGGAUAUCAGAGUGUCCUGUAGGUGUACAAAAUAUCCAUACGUGUACAGCCCAUUUUCAUUAACUCAUAAACAAAGAACAAUUGUCAAAAAAAUAUCUGUUUCGCCGUGCAGAGAGACAGCUGUCCAGUGGAAGAGAGGCCAGUCCUCUGUGUGGAAUAUUCCAGUCUGUCAGCGCGCAAAGCUGAAUGGCGCAACCCACCGGGGAGAUUUUUUUUUUUUUUUUUUUAAACAAAGGCCUAUAAAUAACCUCAUAGGCGGAUUUGAACGCAAGCCCAUCUAACUAACGCCAAAUGUGCACCUUUGUCACACACAUAAAACCUUCUUCACAAUGUUGUCGCCAUUGCACGAGGGGUAGGGGGGUCUGGAAAGCAAUUGGCUUUGGAGAGGAGACUGGUGUCUACAGCCUCGUGACCUGCAAAUGGAUGAAUGCGCGCACUUGGCAGCCGGAGCUAGGAGUGAAUAACAAGAAACGCAGGCCUCUCACACACCGACUUCAAUUUGUGUCUCCUCACACGCAAUAUGUACACGCUCACACACCCAAAAAAAGAAGAAGAGUGCGUAAUAACCACCAGGCCUAUUUUGUGGCGCGCAUUGAGACGCCUUUUACGCACGCGAAUAAAGACUUCCCCUUCUCUAUUUUCAUCUCCUUUACCGAAGUAAAGAAGGGAUCGCACCUAGUUUGUUUGUAUUAUCUGGUCUGCAGCACUUGAAAUUCUCUAUGGUGAUCCGCCAGCCUUUGUCUAGAGCUAGAGAGAGCGCGCAGAAGCCCGAAGCACCCCCUGUGUUAUUUUUCACCCAGAUACAAAACAACAGGGUUGCUGCAGAGGAUUCCUGAUGACCUUAUAUGGCAGUGUGGGGGUGCUGCAACACGCUCCAGCUCUGAUGGCAACCGUCCAGAGCUCUCGGAUUACUGCCGUUUCCAGGGCGAGUCAGCCCAGGCAGCAACCAACAGCCAACGCCACCUUAAUGUUUCCUUCCUUUAAACGCACUGUUCUUCUUUCUUUCACUUCUUGCAAAACAUGAACCCUUUUCAGUAAAAUCACCCUGUGUCGCUGGGUGUAAACAUGUCCUGAUCAAUCACGAAAACACCGAGAAAUGCUCUCGGAAAAAUGACUCUCCCCCCUCGAGUGCGCGAACCUCACCCAGUUAUGGCGCAGCAGCAUUUUACAGCACAGUGCUCUCCUUUGUCUGUAAAGAAGCCAUUUUGAGACAGGGAACAGCAGAGAAACCAUUGAACAAGUUUAGCCUGCACACCAUUAAAAACGUAUUUUUGGACAAAGGGAAGCAGUGAAAAAUACAAGAUUUCUCCCCAUAUGAUUCUUUUAAGACUUGGAUUACAUGUUUGAAUACUACCUGUAAGUUUACAAUUAAAACAUAUAAGAGUUGUUUUUUUUACAGAAGUCAAUAUAUAUAUAUUUUUUGCUGAUAACGGUUUUAUCACAAUGAAUUACUGUUCAUGUCGUCUGUCCUCUGUGAGAAUACUUACAUGUACACAUAGAAACUAGCAAAUUUAGUGAAAUAUCUCAAAAUCCAUUACCUUUCCAUACAACUUUUUCCUUGUGGUUUAAUAUGAAGUGGUUUAGUUAGAAAAUGUCGAAAUUGGAAGAGGGUAACACUUGACUGCAAUCCUGUCUUCAAGGAGAGAGAGAGAGAGAGAGAGGAGAGAUGGUUUUGCAUAUUGCCCACACAGAUGAUGCUUGAAGAUGCAUAUUCGCUGGCUGAGAGGCAAUGCCUAGCACUGAUCAAAAAAAAAAAAAAAAAGUUUUCAAAAAAGAGCUUUAUCUUUCGUGCUAAUGGAUUCCUUCCUUUUCAGGAGACGCUUUCCCAACCCCUUAUUAAUGCCACUAUUAGAGGAUCCGAAGAUGGAGCUGAAAACAUUCCUCCUGCCCCUGCGUUUAGGCCUGUUAACUGCAUUUCACCAAAGUGCUGAGGUAAAUAUUUUCACCAUGAGAGUUUUCCCUCCAUCUGUUUCCUCAUAGCUUUGACAGUCUAAUUUUUUCAGCCGUUGUAGAAGCUGUAAAAAAAGAAAAGGAAGAAGAAAAAAAAAGACUACAUGGCAGGACUUGUUUAGAAAUUUAAAUAUGCCCUUGAAGGAAGGUCAAGCUGUGCGUUUAGGCUUACUCUUUUGAGCGGUUCUUAAAUGGCAAAUGGACAGCACAGACCAAUCGUGCCUGGAGCUGUCUCCAACACUUGUAGGAAAACAAAACCACUCGAUCGGAUGAACCAUGUCCAAGCCAGGCGAGAGGAACAGAUUGAACGAAGACCAUGGCAGAAAGCAGAGUUCAAGUUUGGCGAACGGCAUGGACAGUCAUCCCGGCUGCGGCUCGGCGGAGAAGCGGAGUCACCACUGGAGAAGUUACAAGUUGAUCAUCGACCCGGCGCUGAGGAAGGGGUCGCACAAACUGUAUCGAUAUGACGGACAGACUUUCAGCAUGCCAAACCCCGGGAUACCACCGGUGGACAUGCUCCGAGACCCGAGGAUCGGCCGUCUCUGGACUAAGUACAAAGAGAUUGACCUGCCGGUGCCAAAAUUUAAGAUCGAUGAGUGUUACAUCGGCCCCGUUCCUCCAAAGGAGGUGACAUUCGCCAGGCUGAACGACAACAUCAGGGAAGGAUUUCUUACCGACAUGUGCAAAAAAUUUGGAGAAAUCGAGGGGGUGGAAAUCCUUUACAAUCCCAAAAAUAAGAAGCACCUGGGAAUUGCCAAGGUUGUUUUUGAGACCGUGAAAGCCGCCAAAGUGGCCGUGCAGACGCUCCACAACACGUCUGUUAUGGGAAACAUCAUCCACGUGGAGCUGGACCCGAAAGGUGAGAAUCGCCUUCGAUACUUCCAGCUCCUGAUGAAUGGCAGCUACACUCCGCGGACCCUGCCCGUUGGUGGAGAGGAAGCCAGAGAAGUUUCUCCUCGUAGCCUGGCAGAAGCCUUACUGGCCUGCGAGCCCAUCCGCAGGUUGUCGGAGAGCAGCGUGUCUGCUGCUGGAGGGACAUUGCCGCCCAGCAGCUCCACCACUCCACUGUCCCUAGAGACGGGCUACUCCAGCCUAAGGCAGGACACACCCCAGUCCCAGGGAACCCCUCAUACCCCACGCCAGACAAGUACUCCCUUCUCUCAAGACUCCAACUACUCCAGUCGGCAGUCCACACCUUUGUACCAGUCCAGCCGGCCAGAGAGCUCCGGAGGUUACAAAUCCCGGAGACACGAGAGUAAGUUCCAGGACGCGUACAAUCGCAGACCGGAGAGGCCUCAGUACCGCAGCAACAUGUAUCGAGGUACGACAUCCGAGCAAGCUCCUUUCAAACAGCACCAACUCACCCCACCUGAGCCUCCACCCUCCACUCCUUCCUUCACCUACACAGCACCUCCCCCUGCUACGCCGAACUUCAAGUCCGCCUUCUCCCCCUACCAGGCUCCUUUGCCCCCCGCUUUCCCCCCGUCAGAGCCAGCUUUUCAUCACCCAGCCCAAAGGGAGGGUGAAUACCUCCGACCGCCGCAGCCGCCUCUGGCAGCUGCCACAGACUUUUUGCCCGUCAAGGAGCGACCAGAAACGCCUCCGAUCCCCGAGCCCCCACCGGAGCCCUUGCCCCAUCCAAGCACCCCUCCUCCUCAAACACCAGAGCACUGCCCCUCACCUGGCUCCCCUACACUAGAUCCAGAGCGCAAUAGCCUGGAUUCCCGCAUUGAGAUGCUCCUCAAGGAGAAAAGGACAAAACUGCCAUUCCUGGCGGAGCGUGACUCGGACACUGAGGUGCGAAUGGAGGGGAGUCCCAUCUCCUCCUCGUCCUCCCAGCUAUCCCCAAUUCCCCCUUUCACGUCUGGCUCUCAAGGCGGCCAGCAAAAUUCCCGUCCCUCUAGCACGGGCUUGGAAGAUAUCAGUCCAACCCCACUGCCAGACUCGGAAGAUGAAGAGCCCAUUCCCGGAACUGCUUCCCUGAUCAAGAGAAUCAGAUCUCCGAACCACGAGAAGAUGGGCAACACUGACCUCAAAGACGGACAUUAUCGAGUCCACACUCCCACUGAUAAAAUGGAGACGUGUCAUCAGUCGUCAGGAGAAGACAUGGAAAUCUCCGAGGACGAGAUGCCGGGGACUCCGAUCAACAGUGGGGAAUGUGGCAAAGGCAUCGUUGUAAACUCUGCGGUGUCCCCGAUGCAGAAUAUUCCCAUGCCUCCCCCCGGCUUCCCCCCUCUUCCGCACCAGGCAGGCUUCGCCAUCGCACAUCACCACCUAGCCGCUCACUCUGCCGUCCCAGGACAUCCCGCUCACCUGACUCAUGGAGUGCCUCACCACAUGCUGCAACACAUCGGUCCCUACCCUCAUGGCAUGAUGCCACUGGUGCAAAUGGAGCUGAUGAACUGCUUGCGGUGGGAACAGUGGAGCACGGUUCCCAUGUCCUUUCAGAUGCAGCAGCAGAUGCUGAGUCGCAUAGCUCAGACUAGAGGGCCCUAUCCUUACCCGCAUUUUGUGGAUAGUGCUGCUUCUGGGCCAUUUGCGGGACCCUACACACAUCUGUCUCUCGGUGCUACACCUGCUGCUGGUGCAGGGGCGCCCGGGCAACAGUGGCAACAUCCCAGUGUGCCCAAGUUCAACCCUACUGUUCCUCCUCCUGGAUAUGAGACUAAAAAGGAGGACCCCCACAAGGCGACUGUUGACGGAGUGCUGCUGGUCAUUGUCAAAGAGCUGAAGGCCAUCAUGAAGAGGGACCUCAACCGGAAAAUGGUGGAGGUGGUGGCUUUUAGAGCCUUUGAUGACUGGUGGGAUAAAAAGGAACGCUCCGCAAAGGCGUCUUUGACUCCAGUGAAAGGUGCAGAGGGGAAGGAAGAGGAGAAACCCAAACCCAAAGAGACGAUGGGUUCAAGUCUGUUGGAGAACUGGAACAAGGGCGAGGGACUGGGCUAUGAGGGAAUGGGUCUGGGGAUCAGUUUGAGAGGAGCCAUCCGAUUGCCCUCCUUCAAGGUGAAGAGGAAGGACCCACCUGAGACUGCAGCCACAGGGGACAACAAACGAGCCCGGCCCUCGACUCCAGUGGAUGACGAGCUGGAGGAUGAAGACCGGGAUCGAGACCCAGCUGAGCUCCCCUUGGACGAGUCCAAACUGGACGGCGACAGCGCAUCAGCAAAGAGGAGACACUCACGGCCACUUGAGCUGGACAGCGAAGGAGAGGAAGAGGUGGACACGUCGGGGAAGGAGGAGUCGCUGUCCGACAGGGAGGAGGGACCUGAUGAAAAGGCAGCUGCAGACAGGCUGUCGACAGGAAAAAGUGACGACGAGGAGGGUGAUGAUGAAGAUGAGGGAGACUCAUCCAGUGAGGGUGCGACCUCAGAUUCAUCUGAUGAAGAAGGUGAGAGCUCCGAUUCCUCCAAGGCCAGCUCUGACUCCUCGGCAGAAAGCGAAGACUCCUCUGAGUACGAGAUAAGCUCAGAAGAGGAGGAGGAUGAGGACGAGGAGGGAACGGCGGUAGUAGACGUGGAGGAUGAAGUCAAAGUUCCCAAGACUUCCUCGUCCUCUUCGUCCUCCUCCUCUUCAUCUUCUGAAGAAGAGGAGCGGGAGGCAGAUACCAAGCCACCGAGCUCUCCUGUAGGCCCAGUUCCAGAGGAUAGGGAGGACCACAGGAGCAAAGAAGACCUGAGCAGCAAGCCCAGACGCAGACCUCCUAGUCCUGAAGAAGAGAUGAUAGAGGACCUGAAACCACCAUCAUCUAAAGGCAUCCCAGUCAUAGAGCGAGACAUCAGUGUGGAUGGCAACAUUCCUGUAGUGAAGUCGGAACCUCCGGAGCAUGUAGCGAACCUUCGGCCACCCACUCCAACGGGCGCCCUGCCUGACAGUGAUCAGGAGACGACAACCAAAGGUAAAGCUGAGCUUGAGGAAGUAGCCUGCACCCCCGCCCGAUUAGCCUCCUCCCAAGUAGAUUCAAACAAACCUGUCCCCAAAUCUGCCUCCGCAUCUUUAAUGCACCUCCCUCUCCCGCCUCACCUGGCAGUAGAAGGUCGCUCCCUCCUCCAUCCACCCCCCGGUCCUCUACCGGACCUCCUUCAGCGGCCACGACUCCCCACAGAUGAGGAUAUCCCUCACACGCCAGGCCGGGACCUGUUGGAGCGCACCCGGAGUCUGGGCAAGUCCCAGAGCACGGACACAAUGCCCAUCACACCCGGCAGCGAUGCCCCACUGACGGGCAGCAGUCUGUUGCUUAGCUCCCCUCACAUCCCCGGUAGUCCGUUUUCCUACCCUGCACAAUCUCCUGUCCUUAGUGCUGGAGUCCCUCGUACUCCAGGUAGAGACUUAACAUUCACACCUGUCUUCCCCGACCCCACAGCACUGCCUCUCCACAGGAAAAUAUCCUCUGAGAGCCUGGACGACAGACCAGUCUUUAAGGAGCCACCCAUCAGCGCCUUGCCUAACCAGGCCCUGUCCGCCGGCACAGAGCAUUCAGCCAGCGUCCCUGAAGAUCUGCCUGCUGGCCUCACUGUGGAUGUCCCCGUGCCGUCUGACACUGCCCCAUCAAAGAGGAAACCUGGACGACCCAAAGGCAAAAAGACACCAGCUGUCUCAGCAGGUGAUGAGUCUUUGGACCUGUCAUCUGAACCCUCCGCUCUGCCUGACGACGCACAUCUGAGAGAUCUCUCCAUGAAGAAGUCCCCCGAUCACCCAAGCCUUGACUUCCGGGAAAGAGAGCCUCAGAAGGUCCUGCCCAACUCAGAUGGCUUCCUGUCGUAUGAGGACGAGGCACCUGUGGCCGUGAAACCUGCUCGGAGGGCGCGGCGAAGCUGGGAGGAGCUGCUGCUGGACAGCCUGUCCCCGGUCACCACGCCUCACCGGUCCUACUGCACCCCACGCUCCGAGUUUGAGGAAAUGACCAUCCUGUACGAUAUCUGGGACGAAGGCAUAGAUGAUGAGGACAUUCGGCUUCUGCAGAUCACUUACGACAAGAUGCUCCAGCAGGAUAACGGCAACGACUGGCUCAACGACACGCUCUGGGUCAACCAUCCUCCUACCAACAACCCCAGAAUAAAGAAAAAGAGGAGAGAUGACGGCAUGAGGGAUCACAUGACCGGUUGUGCCAGAAGCGAGGGAUACUACAAGAUCGACAAAAAGGACAAGAUCAAAUACCUUCAGAGCACACGGCUGCUGUCGGAGGAGCCCCCGAUCGACACACAGGGUAUGAGUAUUCCUGCACAAGUCCACGCCUCUACCAGAGCUGGCUCGGAGCGGCGGUCAGAGCAGAGGCGUCUGCUGUCCUCUUUCGCAUGUGACAGUGACCUGCUGAAAUUCAACCAGCUGAAGUUCCGUAAGAAGAAGAUCAGAUUCUGUAAGUCGGGCAUCCACGACUGGGGUCUGUUUGCUAUGGAGCCCAUUGCUGCUGAUGAAAUGGUCAUUGAGUAUGUGGGACAGAACAUCAGACAGGUGAUUGCGGACAUGCGGGAGAAGCGCUACGAAGAGGAGGGUAUCGGCAGCAGCUACAUGUUCCGUGUUGACCACGACACCAUCAUAGACGCUACCAAGUGUGGCAACUUCGCCCGUUUCAUCAACCACAGCUGCAAUCCCAACUGUUAUGCGAAAGUCAUCACAGUGGAGUCUCAGAAGAAGAUCGUGAUCUACUCAAGGCAGCCAAUCAACGUCAACGAAGAGAUCACGUACGACUACAAGUUCCCGAUAGAGGACGAGAAGAUCCCCUGUUUGUGUGGGGCAGAGAACUGUAGGGGAACGCUCAAUUAACGUCAGUGUCCAGUCGAGGUCAGAAGAAGACUCCUCCGGGGGAUAAAAAGCCCCCAAAGCCCUAAACUUUAUUCAAGUUCCCCAGACACGCACAUGUUGAGACUCCCCUGACGAGGAGGAAGGUGUUAUUUGGGAGCGAGGAGAAGAAGAGUUCGGCUACCUUUGUACUGUACUCUUCACAUAUUUAACUCUAGAUUGUUUACGAUUUAUGGUGCUCUUGAAAUGAAAAAAAAAGCAUAGUUUUUUAUGUCUGCCAGUGACCCAGAAUUUACAAAACACUUAACUCGCUGGUGCAGCGUUACCUCCCCUCCUCUCCCCGUCAGACAGUAUUUCAGCAUGGUUCCUCCCAACACCCGGUCCUGGUUUGUACAGUUUUUUCCUCUCCUGUUUAUCUCAUAAGCUUUAUGUAAACCACACGUGGUACAAAAGAUAAAACACAACACAGACUCACAUGUUCAGCUGCUUACUAACACUGUUGAGACGCACAAACUCACCAGGAAAAACGCCUCUCUGUGGGAGACUUUUUCCAUCCAGCAGACGGGGAGGAAGGUGGAGCGUCGCGGCCCGCCUCGGACCGCCUCGGACCGAAAAAACCCUGCUUUCUUGCGCCUACCUCCUCCUGCUUCUUGGACGUUAAACUGAUUAAGGAAAAUAAUCUAGCAACAACAGAAAAUGGUUCAAUCCUGCCACAAAAUCUGGAAUAUUUGGAAAAUCACACCUGCCAAUAACGGAUCAUGCUGCUUCCUAUUAGUUUAUGCAAAAGUUCAAGAUGAAAUUUGUAUUAUUAACGAUAUUCCAGUGUAUUCCAGUUUUGUUUAGGUGGUUUUCUUUUUUUUCAAAGACACUAUAUUUGCGUGUUUGUGUGUGUGUGCGUGUGUGUGUGUGAUUGUGCUCGUCAGGCUCGGUGUAUGUGAAUAUGAGUGCACUGCUCCCCCCUCUAAAUCAAGUCCUGUCUACAUCCACCCAAAACACUCAACAAACUACGUCUUCAGCUCCGGAAGAAACGAUUCCUUCUCGUUUUUAAGUGCCAUAUGAAUGUGUGACUGUCUUUAGUUUAACCCGAGCAGACAGGCGACAGAUGUAGAAGUCUGUUUUCACGCACGCUCAAAGAAUCGCUGCCUGUUUUUUUGUUUUUCCACCUUUACGAUGAUGUUUCGGCUUCGUCUCUGUGAGCUCGUUAGAUGUUUGGUUUCCCCUUCAGCUGCAACACUCUAAUCUACCAGUGUUUAAUGUUUCCUGUGAGUGUUUCCACAAUCCAGGAGGCGUCCUCGUUGUAGUUGUCGAAGGUUUUUCUUUCUUUCAAACUCAUUAAGAUUAAAAAAAAAAUCUUUUUGAAUGCACUCGAGGCUUGCACUUCUGCUUCACGCCCUCUCUUAGCCAAUCAGCCCCCCCUCCCCUCCCCUCCUCUCAGCCUCAAGACCAAGUCAGUCAUUGCUUUUCAUUCAUUUGAAUUGAUUGUAGAGAUUUUUUUUCACUAGUGAUGUUUAUAUUGUAUAUGAUUACUUGUACAGAAGAUCUAAAGCUUUUUUUAUCGUCACAGGGGUAACACUUUUAAGAUGCAUCUUUCUCUCUCUCUCUCUUCUUUUUUUUUUAAACAAAAAGACUGAGUAUUUAAUAAUAUUUUCAGGGAUCUGUAAAAGGAAUCUGAGGGUUUAAAAGGCUGUUUAUUUAAAGAAAAAAAGGUCCACUGUGUACAGGAAAAAGUCUCCACCUCCCUUUUUGAAAGAUUGUUUCUUGUAGAAACGUCUUCAUUUUCUGCCUGUUUGCUUUGUAAUCCUACAAUGUGUAAAUACUGUAACUGUGAAUACUAUAUAUAUAUAUAUACAUAAAUAUAUAUAUAUAUAUAUAUAUAUAUUUUUUUUUUUUUUGUUCCCCGGGGAUUUGCUACACGAACACAGCUCAGAGGUCUAUGUAACAUAUGAGGCGAGCGACGAGCUGGGUAGCAGGAAAUUCAGCUUGUGUCAAGCUUUGUUUUUUUGUUUUGUUUUUUUUUUAUUUUUCUGAUGUAAAUUCUAUGAAAAGUUGUUUGCGGUGUGGAGAAAAAAACAAAAAGGUGCAGAAUCGGCAUGUGAAGAGGACUGAACAAUCAGCCUGUUUCUCAUGUCUAUUUAUUACACAACAAAUGUAUGAAAAAGGAAAAAAAUG